AUGCUCUCGGAAUCCGAUGAAAGCACCUAUUCGGUGCACGAGGCUCAUCGUGAUGACCGCGGCGCCGUGUCAAAGCAGGUGGGGAAUGAGACGGAGCCAGAGACGAGUUCGCCGCUGGCGCGGUACUAUCCCCUCGGGACGAAGGAGCGGCACGCCUUUGACGAGCACAUGCGCCAUCUUCGGCAGCAGGUGGCAACGGUGGAGCGGGAGCGGCAAUUCCGUGUGUCGCACCCGUUCCAGCCAAAGACCUGCUCGUCCUUUGCAACUGCCGAAGAUACAGUCACGGAUGCAGCGCUGGCCGACAGCCCAGGCCACUUAGCAUCUCCGGUGGCCUCCGGCAGCGGGUCGUCCUCGUCACCGUCGGGCGUGCGUCCAGUCUUUGAUCGCCUAGCCGCUCAGGCGGUGCAGCUGGAGAUGCGGCGACGCCACCGCGAGGAGCAGCGGCGGCGAGCCGAGGCAGCGUCUCUACGUGGUGCUUUUCAGCCCCACAUCAACCACACAGCCCCCAUCUACGCUGAGCGCCUGCAGCACCUCGACUUGGUCCCCGUGGAGGAACGACUUCUCCACUACGGCCAGUUCGUCGCUCGCGAACGUCAACGGAAGCGGGAACUCAAGGAGUUGGAGCAGACAGUGGCGUGGCAGUCUACCCAAGCAUCUCUGGUUGGUGCAGGUACCUCUCAGCUACGAGAUCCGGAGGAGCGUCACCGACAGCAAGAGGAGUUCCUGGCGCGCAAUGACCGAUUUCUAGCAGAGCGGUCGAAGCACCGCCAAUGCGCAGAGGCGGCCGCCGCUGAGGCCUUCACCUUUCAGCCCAAAAUCUCCGCCACGUCCGCCGCGCUUGACGAAGCCCGCCAGCGCUGUGCGAACGACGUUUCCGCUGGCGAACUGGGCCAGCUCCUCAAUCGCUCUGUCAACGCGCCGCUUCUUAGCAUCUCCAAGACCUCUGCCAACGCUGGGCGCCGCAGCGACGCCCUCUACGCAUUAGCGGUGACUCGGCAGCGCCAGCGGAUGGAGAAGCUGGAUUACAACAGUGCUAACAGUGGUGAGACGACUAAAGGUGUCGCCAAAGGCAAAGCUGUCGAGGACCCGAAUGUGACCCAUCAGCCGCUGACGAACCCGACGUCGGACAAGUGGAUCGCGGAAGGGGCGCACGGGGCAUUCUUCCAGGAGGGCUUCGUUCGUCGUCAGGCACUCUACGAGGAAGUGAAGCGGGAGGAGGCGGCGCUCCGUGCCACCGCCAUGCAGGAGUCAGAGCUCAGCAGUGGCAGACCUGCUACGCACAAGGUGGAUGCAAAGCAGCUGAAUCAGCGUCUCUACUACAGCGCUAAAACGGCACGCGAGGCUGCGGAGCGGCGUAGACAGGCUCUGGUGAGUGCGCGUGAGUGUCCCUUCCGCCCGCAACUGUCACCUGGAACAAAGUAUGUGCUGGAGCACAUGCCCUGCCGUGACGGCGAUAUUGUGAAGCGGCUGACGUCGCAGCGGAGCAGAGCCUCGAGCGGCGGUGCCCGCGUUGCCAUAGACAACGAUCUAUACGCUCCUGCACCGGCGCACCAGCCUUCCUUGCAAGGCCACUGUCGCCGCCCUUCACAGCAACGAAAGACGGACGUAAAGAACUCCGCUGAGGCCGUGCAGGACACCCGGCGAAGAAGAACGUCUCUGCGCACGGCGUCGCCUCGAACAGAGGCACGCGGCGAAAGUGCCGACGGGUGCGGUGACCAGCUACCAGCGCAGCAGCAGCAGCAAAGAAAGCAGCACGUCCGCACUUUGACGCUCGACGAGGUGGAGCGCUUUUAUCAGCGACAAAUCGCGGCUCUCCAGCAGCGGCAGGACUUGAUUCAAGAGCGCAGGGAGGGCAAGACGAUGGAGGAACUUGUGGAGUGCACGUUUCGGCCGCGCACCAACACAGACCGAUAUGUGGGUAUGGACAGCGGCGGGGGCGAGGGCGCGGACACUGCGGUGUCCGUGAAUCACGUCACCGGUGUCUCGGCGUUUCUUGAGCGGCAGGCCGUCGCGCGAGUGCGCAAGGCGGAGCACGACGAGCUCGUACGCACCGUGAGUCUUCUACGCCACAAGAGUGCCGGGAGCAACGGCAAAAUUUCGCGUACCACGGCCUUGAGCCCGUUCAAGUUGCAGACGGAGAUGCGCCGCCAACGAUUGCCGCGCUCCCCGCUUGAGAGCAAGCAGCAUCGUGAAGCCGCCCCCUUCUCUACGGCAGCGCUGACGACAGCUGAGCGCGCCUUGCACGAGGCGAUCGAGCAGUCGCGUCGCUUCCCGGGCGCAAGCUCGCAGGCGCCCCUCUUCCCUCUUCCCGGAUUCGCGCCUGCGAGCGAGAAUGGCGUGCACUUUGACGACCUCCGUCAUGUUGCGGCAGCGUCGAAGGACAUUGAGGAACCGACGUCGCGCGUGCCCCCUUCAACGCUGUCAACGGAGAAGAUAGGGCACGGCGAUGCAGCUGCUGUUGGGGUUGGCUAUGAUCGGCCAUCGCUCUUCUCCUUAAUCUCGCCGAAUACUUUCUCUGGUCGGAACCUGGGCUCUGCCGCUUACGACUCUGGAAACGGAAAGGGCACGCCUGUGGGACGCGACUUUGCCAGUGGCAAGCCAUCACCAUCUGCCCUGAAAGGCUCAAAGCAACGCCUCACCGCUAGCGUGAAGCGGCACCGGCGAAAUCGUUCAGUCUCCUUUGCAGAGGAGACCGCCGACGCGCCACUGGCAGGUGUGGCGCGCAGAGGUCGUAAGUCGUUCGCUGAUCCCGCCCACUUAGCGUUCCUCAGUGGAGAGCUCUGA